AUAACACACACUAGUUUUUUCACAAGAAUGCAGCAACCCAUCAUGCACCUUCUAGCUAGCUCCUUUGUCAUCUAUAAAUAACCCAAUAUUGUAACUUCAUUCUCAUAAUCAACUCAAACAUUUCCAAGUUUCUUCAUUCUCUUCUUCUACUACAAACUAAAUCUUCAUAACAAGCUUUGAAACAUUCAAUUCAUAAUGGAGAGAGUAACAAGAUUGGUCUCACAAAGAGCAGUAGUGAUCUUUAGCAAGAGUACAUGCUGUAUGAGUCACACUAUCAAGACCCUUUUCUUUGAUCUUGGUGUAAACCCAACAGUUCAUGAACUCGACGAAGAACCCAGAGCAGGAAAAGAAAUCGAGAAAGCACUUAUAAGGUUGGGAUGUAGUCCUUCGGUACCUGCCGUAUUCAUCGGUGGUGAGCUAGUUGGUGGAGCUAACGAAGUUAUGACUCUUCAUCUCAGUAGCUCUCUCGUUCCAUUGCUAAAGCAAGCAGGAGCUAUCUGGCUUUGAUUACUACUAUAUAUAUUAAUUAUUUACUAAAUUUUGACCCUUAAUACAUAAUUGAGUUAGUUAUUGGUCAGUUAAUUUCAAGCUAAUAGCUUUGACAAUUGAUGAUCAUACUCCUUUUUGUGUGAGUUCUUAAUUAGUACUGUAAUACUCCUUUUAGUGGAGUGAUAAUAGUUAGGAAUCAGAUGCAGUAGUAAUAGCAAGAGGCACCUUUUAGUGGCCAACUUUUGCUUUUUCUGAUCUUUGCUGCAUUAUGUAUUCUCUUACUAUUUCUUGAGUUCCUUAAUUAUAAAUGAUGGAAUGAAAGUUUACUACUUUUUGAUAUAUU